CACACACUGAAGUUUGCCCUAAUUUGAUUUAUAGUUUAUUUAUCACACACACACACACACUUGUUGGACAUGGGCUUCCUGCUGACCAAGAUGAUGGCUGUGUUCGGUGACAGAGAGCACAAAGUCAUCAUUUUGGGUUUGGACAAUGCAGGAAAGACAACCGUCCUCUACCAGUUCCUGACAAAGGAGGCCGUCCAAACAUCACCCACCAUCGGCAGCAACGUUGAGGAGAUCAUCGUACGUAAAACACAUUUCCUGGUGUGGGACAUCGGAGGACAGGAGAACCUCCGAGCCACCUGGAACUCGUACUACUGCAACACAGAGAUUGUCAUUGUGGUUGUGGACAGCACCGACAGGGAACGUCUGACUCUAACCAAAGAGGAGCUGCACCAGAUGCUCGCACAUGAGGACCUACGGAGUGCAGCCAUUCUUAUUCUGGCCAACAAACAAGAUGUUAAAGGCUCGAUGACGGCGGCAGAGAUCUCCCAGUUCCUCACACUCAACUCCAUCACAACACACUCCUGGCAUGUCCAAGCCUGCUGCGCCCUGACAGGAGAGGGUCUGCCUGCCAGUCUGGAUUGGAUGAGGUCUCGGGUUGUGGCAAACUGAAAUGCCGUCCAGUGGAUCAAACUUCCUGAAUCUGAGCCAACCUCAAAGGCGCUGCACAGGCCACAGUGCCAGGGUUAUUUACAGUGUUUUAGGCAGAGUCAUGUGAAGAUGGCAUCUGUGGUAGGGCCUGCACCACCACACCUACAGAACAGUACAUCCUGUAGGUACAUGUUCUACUGAGGCUGGGCCGUAGCGUGACUGAGCGAUAAAGCAACCUGAAUGAUAUCAGGAUCCUGGAUCUUGAAGAACUCCUCAAUAGCUCCGUGGUAGUUUGAAUAUAUUUCAGGAAUCUCUGUUUCUCAGUUGUUUUAAUGAGGAAGUACUCAGUGAGAAAGUGUUUUGUGUGAAUUUACCGCAGGUUUCCUGAAGUGGCUCAUGUGUAAACAAGCACCAUUUUUACCCAAGAUAUCCUGGCAGUCACAUCACAUUCCUCUUUGGUUUCAUUCACUGGGGUUAAUCAAGUGACAACAAUAGCCUACCUUACUUUACUGAACUGUAAAGUUAAGAUAUUGCUGAUUCAUUACCCACACUGAAUGAUUGAACCUAACAACCUAAACUUGAGUCAGCAUCUGGGAAACAAGAAGCAGGUAGAUCACAGAUGAUAAAGUUUAUAUUUUACAAGUGUUGUUUUUUUUCUCAUAUUUCAAUUUUACUAGGGCUAUCUGGGGCUGUUAAAUAUCACAAAAACCUUUGAGUGGAAUAAUAAUGAUCUCAUUUUGACCUCUGAUUGGUGAUUGCUAUCACUGACUUCUUUCUUUCUUCACAUGCCUGAGCUACUUCCACAUUGUGUACCUCACCAGUUACAAAACAGGUUUUGAAUAACAAGUGAGUUAGUAGCUGCCUAUCCAUAAACCUCUAUGGAAGACAAUGCUGUAACUAAUGAAGAAGAAGAAGCUAAACCAAAUGCAGUUGCUCCUGUGGUCUUCAAUUCUCACAAACUAUCAGAUACAAGUCAGUGCCUGGUGAAAGAAAUUAUAUUUUAUGCCAGAGAACAAAAGACCUGUCUUCUUAAACCUAAAGAUUUUUAGUAUUUUUUUUUUUUUUUAAAAACAAAGCUCUUGGACUAUUUACUGUAUAUUACAGCAAUUUCCUGAACAGGGAAAUGAGCUAGCUGCUAAUGACGAUUAGUCAUAUUCAAAA